AUGAAACCCAUUUUCGCCCUCGGUGCCUUCGCCCUCCUUGUAAUCCAGGCUCGAGCCGCCUGCUACAAAUCCGACACCUACUGCUCUGACUGGGGAGCCAAGGUGUGCGAGUGUGAUGAAGGGUACCUGAUGGAAUGCGAGGAAUAUCUCGUCUCGGAGGUUGAUGGCGAGGGCGGCGAGUCGUACGCGCUGUGGACGAGGCUCAAGAAUUGUCCCGUCCCGGCCGAUGGAGGGCUCCAGUGUGUCGAUGGGGCUUGUACCUCCUGAGCGGGUUAGCAAAGGUAUCGUGGGUUACUGAGGGUGUAUGCAAUCAGUGUAGCGGUUUUAGGCGAGGGAAGAAGACACCGACAAAAAGACGUCUGGAGGAUCGAAUAGAC